UGUAACCGGACCAAUGCCCUGUUCAAUUGGGUUCGUUUUCAGUUCCACCGUACUCGAUAUUGCUGAGAAAAACCAGCAGCUGCAAGUAGAGUGAACACGAACGAGAGAGAGAGAGAGAGAGAGAAGAUAAUGGAUGUCUACUCAUGGUUUCGACGCAGUCCCUCUUCCGCCAACGGCCAAAUCACUAAACAAGAACCCCAACGAGACAAAACAGAAGAAGAACUAUUAGGAGUCACCGACCAAUUAAUCGAUUUCAUCAAGACCUUCACUGUCGAAACCUUCAAGAACUUCCCCCUUCAAGAUGAAGAGGCAGCCAAUUGCGAUGGCGGGACUGGUGCUGGGAAUGUUCGGAAGGAUCUGUCCGAAUGGCAAGAACGCCAUGCUACCCUCGUGCUAUCCAAAGUCAAGGAAAUGUCACAACUUAGAUUUAGACUGUGCCCUGGCCGGAUGAAAGAACGACAGUUUUGGAGAAAGUACUUUACACUUGUCAAGAACUAUACUGCUGAAUAUGAGCUGCGUGCUGUACAAUUGGCAAGACUUAGACUGAUGACAAAUGAGAAUGAAAAUGCUCCGAAUACUAGUGCAUAUGAAGUUGAAAUGUCAGAGACUAAGCAAAGCACAAGCAACUUGGAUUCCGUUACACACGACAUUGAAAGUGGGAAAGAAUGAGCAGGUUUCAGAUUGUUUCUCCUGUUGUCCUUCAUAAAUAUUUAUGCAUAUCUUGUCCUGCAAUAGCAAUGUGGUAACGUUAGUUUCUUCUGGCUGUAUGUGGAUGAGUUUGUGCAGGGACUUGCCAAGCGAAAGGAAAAUGAUAGGGAAACCAAUGACAUGAUAGAGUUUCUUCACUUCAUUAUCCCCUUGUCUAUGUCCUUCCCCUCCCUUAGUCGAUAGUCCAAACACAACCUCGGCAACUUCUUUUUAUUUCCCUGCUGACUGACAUCUUUCCCUUUACCUAUAACUUUUGGGUAGAUGUUUGGCGGAUACAAUAUAAGGUGCGGCAAAGGUGUUUUUGAAUUCGAUUCCUUGCUCCUUGGGUGUUUGAAUGUUGAGGAUCUUUGACAAGUUGUACCUCCCAACGGGCCUUCCAAACCCUGUGAAUCGCUGAAGUCGCUUUCUGCUUGUAUAGCUGUUUCGGAUUCUUUUUUACUGUUUUCAUUUUUAGUUGUUGUAAUGAGACGAACAGUUGCAAAUCAAAUUGAUGAUCACAUCUAGUUUUCACAAA